AUGGAGGGCGAUCUUGGCGAUAUGGAUGGAGAAGUUGCGGAACAUGCUGGAAUUAUUCCUCGCGUCUUGAACAAUCUUUUUAAUAUACUCGAGAGAGACAAAGCAGAAUAUUCCGUGCGUGUUUCGUUUGUCGAAUUGUAUAACGAAGAAUUGAAGGAUCUUUUAUCCCCGACAGAGGAUACGCGCAAGCUCAAGAUAUUUGAAGACCUAGCAAAAAAGGGUGUAGUGAUACAAGGUGUUGAAGAAGUUUUGGUAAAGAACUGGGCAGAAGGCAUUCGUGCUUUACGACAAGGAUCACAUAAACGACAGGUGGCUGCUACAAAGUGCAAUGAGAAUUCUAGAGAAACAACGGACAAUGGUGAAGAUCUGCUGAAAGUCGGCAAGCUAAAUCUGGUUGAUCUGGCUGGCUCAGAAAACAUUGGUCGUUCAGGAGCCGAGAACAAGCGCGCUCGAGAGGCUGGCGUGAUCAAUCAAGGUCUGCUUACGCUGGGUCGUGUGAUUAAUGCGCUAGUUGAACACUCGCCUCACGUGCCCUACAGGGAUAGUAAAUUGACCCGUCUUCUCCAAGAUUCGCUCGGCGGCAGAACAAAGACCUGCAUUAUCGCCACAAUAUCUCCAGCAAAAGUCAACCUGGACGAAUCAUUCUCCACACUAGACUAUGCCAAUCGUGCCAAAAAUAUUCGUAAUAAACCUGCUGUCAACCAACUCUUAACAAAGAAAGCAUUAAUCAAGGACUAUGAGGACGAAAUUGCACGACUAAAAUCGAAUUUGCAG